UAAUGGUGGGAGCGGCGGAUGUUUACUUUCUACAGCCAGUUGAAGUUCCGGCCUAGGGACGUCUUCCCUCACAUUCUGUACCUCGGAAACAAAGACUCCGGCUACUUACGAAUAUACCCCACAUCUUUAUCAUAAACCUGAAUAUUUGUUAAGUCAAGGAAAACCUACAAUGCUUGGAAGUUGAUCAACAUUUUCUACAUUCGUCACCAUCAUCACUGCAACUCUUCGAGAUAAUGCCAUCAUGUCAAGAGCACAGAGAAAAUUGGAGUCUCCAAUGUCCCAGCAUUUGGAGGCAGAAUUCUGUGUUUUAUUGAGUGAAUUGAUAGAUAUUGCCAGAGAUGCAUUUAAGUAUCAAAAUGAAACUUUUAUUAGCUGGUAUGGUAGUGGUAGUGGCCUUGACAACUGUCACAAUAUUGUUUUAUACAUUGCUCCUUGAUUCUGUGGAGCCUAUAACACCAAGACCAGUUACAUAUAAGGAAGCCAGACUAAAACAGUCCGAACAAUACCAGGUCGUUGUUGGGACAGCAAUUGGGUCUCAGUUUUAUACAUUAAAGGUCUAUAAUUGUUCUUCAUCUAAUGCUUCAUCAAUCAUGGUACAAUGGAAUAACAUUCAUUGGCAGAAAGUGGAAGAUAGACAGAUUUACUUGUAUCACUCCUUUUAUGAUGCUCGAUAUAUUGACUUUCAAGCUCGUUAUCACUAUGUUAGAAUAAUAGGAAUGACCCAGGGUAAGAUACAAAAAGAGGAAUCUUAUUUUUGUAGCAUGUGGUAUAUGGAGUUUCAGGAUCCAGUCGUAGUAAAAGCAGACACAUCUGAAGUUUGGAUGCAACAUUGGAAUCGCAACCCAGACCCAGAUACCUAUCACACUUACUUAUUCACUUGUCCUGUACCAUUAAGUAUGCGUGAUAGCCAUCUGUACCCAGAUUUUGUUUCUGUGUCUUCUCAACCAUGUGGUGAUAUUACUACAAAGCUACCUAUUCAAAAAAAAGGUUUUGCUGAAUGGCAAAAUGGAGGAGGAAAGAAAUUUGCAGUUUGUGUCAAGGGAAUGGAUUUUGAUGAAGACAUAUCGAUAAAACUAAUAGAGUGGUUAGAACUACUCUUUAUUCUUGGUGCAGAUCAAGUGUUUAUAUACAAAUAUACCAUUCACAAAAAUGUAGGUAAAGUUUUUGAUUAUUAUGAAAAGAAAGGGAAGGUGAAGGUCAUCUCUCUUACCUUACCAGGAGACCAACCAAAUGAGCCAAAGCUGCGUACUACAUACUUAAAAAGAGCACUGUGGCAGAAAAGGAGAAAUGAGCUUGUCCCGUAUAAUGACUGUUUGUAUAGAAAUAUAUAUUUGUUUAAAUAUGUUAUACCUUUAGAUAUAGAUGAAGUCAUUAUACCUGUAAAGUCCUAUACUUGGCCUGAGAUGUUCCUUGAAUUCCAGAAAAAGAAUUCUAAGGUUAUGAAAAAAUUUGCGUCAUUUUCUGCACCAAAUGCAUAUUUCUUUGAAGCCUUUAACUCUACACAUAAUCCAAGUGUUCCUAAAUAUUUCCACAUGCCACAUCAUACAAUUCGGAGUGCCAAUUUUAGCAUCUUUGGACAUUCUGUCAAAAGUUUUGUAUCAACCAGGAACUCUCGAACUGUCUUUAAUCACUACACAUUGGAGACUUUGUACUCUAACAUGAAAACAUACAAGGUGAUGAACACAUCUAUUGUACAGAUGAACCAUUACAAGAAGCGUUGUCCCCGAGAAAUAUAUAGUCAGUGCAAGAGCAAUUUUCUUGUUUUUAGUAAAAAUGAUAAUAUAAUCGAUAAAUAUAUAAAGGAGCUUGUGUAUAGAGUAGAAUCAGUAUUAGAAGAAAUUCAGUUAUCAGUUUAACCGAGGUAGAUUUUUUUUUACAGAUUAUUUACAAAAAGAUAAUUUAAAUACUGUACCAGUUGCCUGAAAAACGAGUUAAUGGUUUAGACAAAUUAAAAUAUUUGCCACUUCAUCUGUAGGUGUUUUUCUGAAGUAAGAAGAUACAGCUUACUGUAUCUACCUUUUCCUCUCUGUAUGUGAUGUACUGUACUGGCCUUGGGUAUUUCCUCCUCUACCAGUGCAGUAUUAUUUAAUUACUAGAUUCAGUGUCAGAACUAAUUAAUAUGCUUGUGCAUGGACUUGUUUUGCAUUAAAGUAUUAAGUUCUGUUCUGAAAAUUUCUUAGACAAGUUAUUGAUUUAAUACUACAGGUACUCCUCGACUUACGACCACCCGGACAUACGACCGCAGCAGUGAUAAAAUAUUUUUCAAAUUACGUAUUUUCGAG